AUAUAUAGGAGCCUGAGUACGACAAUCUGGCAACGUUGCCCUCGAUGACGCAACCCUCCAGCUGACGAACGUAAACAAAGGGCGGGAUGGGGAGACUGCGCUGACUCCACGGCCCCUCCUGCGUGGCUGACCCUCGAGGCGAGGAGUGAAUCGUGUGUGUGGAGGGACCAACACCCAAGUCAUGGCGAUCCUGGUGACCUGACGAGAGCAAAGAUGGCCGAGAGUGGCCCGGCCCCGCCCAGCACUUCGCCCAAGACCCUAAAGUGUCUUGUGGUGUACCGGCUGGCGAGGCUGCUACUGGAGAGCUCCGUGCCGGCCCACCUGAGGAAGUACCUGCCAGUGUGCAACCUUCACCUCACACAGAGCCAGGGACAGGAGGGCUCGGGGGACCACUCCAGGGGGUGCCAGUACUGUGAGGGGCCACCGCUAGGCACCGAUCUCAACUCGGGCGACAACUGUACCGUGUUCGACGACAGCGAGACGGUGUUUGACGACAUCAUCAUCGCCGAGGCUGGGGAGCGCAACGAACACCUGCUGAAAACGAAGGGGAAUUUGCUGAAUCAGCUGCAUGGGGUGAAGCAGUGGUGGGACGACGAGGGCUGGUUCGGAAAGCAGGACGCCAAGGUGCGGAGGGAGGUGCGAGAGGCCUGCUCGGACCUCCUGCAGCCCCACCUCGCGCUCUGCAAGUGUCCGCUGAUGUUGCUGACCCUUGAGCUGAUGUUCUGCACCAGGGCUGGAUGUGGCAAGAUGGUUGUGCCGCUCUCCAGUCACAUGUGCUCGACGCUUAGUAAAUUUCUUGACGAGCUCCAGCCGUUUGGCAUAGAGAGGCUGUACACAUUCUCCCUCCAGUUCGGCAGCCCCUCGGUCAUUGUCACUCUCUGCCGGUGCUCUCCUCUCAUCAAGUGGAUACACCUCAAGAUUGAGUUUGCCAAGGGAGACAUAUUAAGCGCCAUCGGUCUAGCCGCCCCCAAUAUAGAGACUGUCGUGGUCAUAGUGCGGGAGUAUGAACUGUACCUGGAAAUAUCAUCAACCGUUGAGAUAGUGAUUGGCGGAGGCGAGGACCUGGAGGACAAUCUGUAUCGAGGUUUCUUUAAGGGGUCCACAAAAGGCGAUAUCGACCUGAAAAUCCGUAAUGGGGAGGAGGUGACUCUGUCCUUCCCCAAGCUGAAGUACAUUGACGUAGGGAGUCACAGGGAUGUUAGGGAAUUCCUCCACCACCUCCUGUACUUCUACCCGGACACACGAAGCAUCACCUGCGACUCCGAGAGCUGGGUUCUGAGCAAGUACUCCUUCGCCUUCCCUGUCGUCACUCCAUCCUCCCUCGGUAAUGGCCCGGUGUCCCUGCAGGAUAAAGUUACAACCUACAGCCUCCAGGACAUGAGCUUCUCCUCCUUCUGUCUGACGUCAAGGCUCCCGGACAUCAUUGGGAGGUACAAGAAGCUGGAGCAUGUCAGCCUCCACCUCUUGAAGGGUCCGUGGAAGAUCAAUACCACCUGUGAGAUGGCGAAGCAGCUCCUGUGCAGCAUCAAGUGCCAGUACCUGACCAUCUGUGUUGACGUGUACAUGAGCAGCGAGGACCUGAUCAGCCUCUACAUGCCGUCGUUGAAGGCCAUUGGACACACCCUCAGGAUUCUGCAGUUCCACCUGACCAACGAGGUGAAUGUGAGGGCAUUGUGCCAGCUCAUCAACAUGUGUGAGGUGCUGGAGGAGCUGUCAAUUGUCUCCUCCUGUGAGCGCUGCGAAGUGGCGGAGAGCGAUGAAGGCGAGCCAGACUUCCACAUCAACAAACUACCGAAGCUAAAGUGCCUCAGCGUAUCAAGUCGCUACAACGUGACCAGCACCCUCUACCAGCUGACCCAAUACAUCCUGCACGCGGCACCUUGUCUGGGCACCCUGGAGCUUGAGAUGGGCGGGCGUGGAGCUGCGAAGUGGAUCCUGGAUGUGGCAACGGCAGGGAACUUCACCCGACUCAAGAUCCUCCAUUUGUACCUGCCUGGGUUCCUCUUCGACAGACAGGUUGUGAGUUCCUUCUUCCCCUCCCUCAUCAGUGUGCUGCCCGGCCUGUCCUGCCUCAUGGUGGGCGGCGUGUGCCACUGUGACAUGCAGGCGCUGAGGGCUAAGUACCGGUGGACAAAGCUCAAAGUUGUUGCCAGAGAUUCGCCGUACGUGGCAUUCAGAACUCUCUCGUCGAGGUGCUGUUGACCACUCCUUGCCUAGUCAUGUGUUACCCCUGCUACUGCUGUGUGUAUGUGGGUGUGUGCGUGGGUGUGUGUGUUGGAAGGUGUAUGUUCCCCCAAAAGCUUUAGACAUUAAUCAGUUUUAAGUCCCCUUCUCACACAAAAUACAAAUAUAGCGAAGUAUAUAUUAUGGAAUCGUAUACGCAUAUCCCUUCAAAGAGGCUAGAGGCUAUUUAAUCAAGGCUUCUAUACAAAUAUAACAUAGGCAGAAAUAUUGAGCUUGAGGCUAAAAAAAAGCAUUACUGUUCCCUUUCCCUAUCCAUUGGUGGCCCUGCAUGACGAAACAACUAUUUAUUCAAGUGGAUGAUGAAGUACCUUAGGAUAGAAAUAGGGUAUGUUUCCCCUAUUAUAUUUACCAUUCCAAAUAGUACUCAUGAAAAAAUACCCUGCAAAGUUAAGCUGAGGUAUUCAAAUGAACUGUUGUCAAAACUUUAAUAAACAGUAAUUUGACUUUCAUUUUUAUACCUCGGCUUAAUUCUCCUCACUAGGUUUUUCCGUGGUAUGGGCACUGGUUGGCACAAUAAACAAACCCUCGGUGGACCAGGCACUCCUGCAUCUGGUGUGUUGUGGAGUAAACCAGUGUGCUGCAGGGAGUCUUAUAACAUUCCAAAGCUGUGUGUAGGCAGCAAUCAUUCCAGAAGUGUUUGCAAUCCACAUUCAGGGAUACUGUUUUCUUAUGGUAAAGGAGACGAGAGGAUUUUAUUUCAAGUACCCGCAUCCUGGUACUCCGAAAAAAGAAGGAGAGAUAGGUGCCAAAAGAAAUCCUCGUUUAAAAAAGUGAAAAACUAUAACACACUUCCUGACACUUUGAAUGCUGUCUUAACAUAUUUCAUACUUAAACCUGUGAUAAAAUAGUAGAAUGGAAUCAAUGCCAGGGCGAGGUGAUUCAAACCCCAAUGCUGCUGUAUGAGGACAGGAAGGGCAUCCGGUCUUUAGCCAAUAUUCCUAAACACAUCAGCACCUUGGUGUACGCCCGUUUGACAAGCAUCACGUAGAAGUUCCUGGGAUCUUUAUGGACUGUUAUGUGAUCCUAGUGAUACUUUUACCCAACUCCUGGACCUUGAAUGGGAAAAAACACCCAUGAAAACCUGGUUAAUCUUCUCUGUGGUCUUGGAAAAUAAUUGUAAUGGGAGCCUGAUAUUUAUAGGUAUAUGAACCUUAAAUUCCAAGCCACCCAAAAGUGACUCUACAUGAACAUUGAUAAAAACUGUCAAGAAAAAAGAAAGAAGUGUGUUCCCUAAUUCAUGCACCUCAUUCCAGUUACAGUUAAAAGUUCAUUGAUCCAAACAGCACCUAACCCACACUUGUUCCUACUACAUUGUAUACUUUUCAGAUUAUCAAAUGGCAGCUGCAACCACCACAAACACACACGUGAACUGAUUAUUGAUGUAUUGUAAUUUCCCGUCUUGAAGAAUUCCGACUAUUAGAAUUUUCAGACCAGCAGAAUUUGGCUUGGUGGAUUUCAACUGUAACCUAAACUAACACACCCCAGGCUGAAGGACCAAUGAGAGGGAGAUAAGCCAAUGUCAUGCACAUGUAUAACGUAUGUCCCCAUCUUUAUUUUUACCUUAGUCUUUUCGGAAAAAAACGACUGCUCUGGAAAAACUAGUUGAGGUAUGAAAAAACUACCAAAAUAAAAAUAAAUCAAAUACAAUAUCUAUAUUUUUGAGUGGUAAAUAUUCAUACCUCAGUUUUUCCUCUUCAAUCUAAUGUGAGAGUCGACCCUCCAAGGAUAUACAGGUAUGUUUAACCAAGGAAUAAAUUUAUCACUCCAAGAAAAGAAGUAUCCACGUGAAAAGCUUUUAAAAUAAAUGCGAGAAAAUGUUGACUUUACCACAAGCAUACGUACAAGGUAAUCUUUUUUUGCUUUGGAGAAAUACUGGUUGGGGCGGUGUCUACAAACUUGUCAAAUAUAUCGUACAAUCACUACCGUUUAACCUUAGCAUGAGCUCUCACUAUCUGUUUCUUUCACUUAUAUAGUCACUGCAAAACUACUUAAGACACAAAAUACUUAAAACCUGAGAAUGGAUCCUGUUUUUGGUAUUCUCAGUAGGACAAUUUUGUCAGAGAUUCUCGUUCAUUUUGCAACUUUCUGGUUAGUUAAAAGAUUCCUGCCACUCGCUCCUCCCCAACAGCAAUUAUACAGAGGAACAAGCUGCACUGUAUUUACCUAGUUGUAAUUUUACAGGGCCUGGGCUUACCCUCGCGUGGUCCCGUCUCCAUAUCUGUACUUGUCUAGUUUUUCCUUAAAGUUGUGCACACUCUUUGCCGUUAUUAUUUCCUCACUUAGUCUGUUCCAAACUUCUGUGUUUCUUUGCAGGAAGCUAUAUUUUUUAUCUCUCUCAAGCAUCUUCCUUUUCACAAUUUUUUACUGUGUCCUCAUGUGUUGCUGGUGUUUCUUCCUUCUCUCAGUAGUAGUGUGUCAUGCUGUGGGGGUUCUUCAUGGGUUGUGGGGGCCGGGGGAGUUGGUGUUUUUUCCUAAAUCUACAACAAUGAAUGCGAAUCUUUUCAGUGGUGGUCCUACGAUUCUGUUUGCAGCGACUGACGUUUCAAUAUUCAACUCCCUCAAUAUAGAACCAUCACUAUGUUUCCAAUUGUGUACAAAGAGAAUAAAAUGCUAAAAACCUCUUUA